AGAAAGUGUCUAUUGAAAGGAGAGACGGUUAGCACUCCCCUUGACAAGGAUGUUACAGAACGUAAUCAGAAUUGACCAAUGUUGAAUUUGACAUCAUAAUGUCAACGUUAUUUGUCAAUUAUGUUGUUGGUCGUUGCGGCCCGCGCCUAAAUUACUUGCUCAGUCCAGAAUAGUAAAAUUGUUAUAAUACCUACGAAAAGUUUUGCUGUUCAUUUUGAUUAUUAAGUGUAACCUAAACAUAAUGUCCGAAUCAGAAGCAACUGGUGGAGAGAAAAAUGACAACAGACUUAGGAAAAGAGUUCGCCACCGCAAGAAAAAGUUAUACGAAAACAUUCUCAAACAAAUGGAGUUUUAUUUUAGUGAUGCCAAUUUAACAAAAGAUAGAUUCUUAGGAGACCUUGUUAAGAACGACCCCUACGUACCAAUAGAGACAUUUCUGAAGUUUAACCAAAUUCGUGCAUUUACCACUGAUGUGUUUAUCAUAGCAAAAGCCAUGAAGAAUUCUACUUUAUUGGAGUUAUCAGAUGACAAGCUUAAGGUGAAGAGAAAAUCCCCUGUAUUACCUUAUGAUGCUGAUGCCAGAACAGUUUAUGUUGAAUCUAUUCCAGUUACUGCCAGCAGGGAGUGGCUUGAGAAAGUAUUUUCAGAGUUUGGCAGAGUUGCAUACAUCUCACUUCCAAAAUUCAAAAAUUCCAAAAAAAUCAAGGGCUAUGCUUUUAUAGAGUUUAGUCAGCCAGAAGAAGCUCAAAAAUGCAUUAGUACUUUCACAAAUAUGGGAUGUAAACUGCCUACCAGUAUGCCACCUGAAGAGCUAUCUUCUAUAAAAAUGUUCUCGUUAGAAGAUCAUAUAGAGAAUAGCCCUGUGAAGAAAGAGGAGACUGAAGAAUAUGAACCACCAAAGAAAAAGGCAAAAAAACAUAAGGAAAAGAAAGCAUUGAAGAGUCUUGAACUAAAAUUAGAUAAUGAGUCUGACUGUGAGAAGAAAAUAGACACACCUGUUGAUGAAAAUAAAAGUGUAGUAUCGACGCCUACUGAGGAGAACAAAACUCUGGAUAUGGAUUCAAAAGAUGAAGUAACAACUCAGGAUGAAGGACAAUCAGAGGAUGAUAGUAAGAAGAAAAAGAAAAUGAGAAAAAAGUUGGCCAAAGAUAAAAGUAAAGCAAAGAAUGGAUUGAAUAAAAAUGAAGCACCACCGGGUGCCUUGUGGGGCCUUCAAGUGCUGCCUAAAUCCGAAUGGAAAUCACUUAGGAAUAAAUACUUAAAUUUGCAAAGGAAGUACAUGAAACAAAUUAAAUCGAGCCUACAUAAUAAGAGGCAUGCCUAUGCCAGUAUACCUGCUCCUGCAGCACCAUCCGUGGAGGCUGAACCAGACAUAAAUCCAAUCCAGACAUGUGGCAUAAAAAACGCACACACUCUGCAAAAAAUACCAGGUGUUUUUGUUAAAGAAGACUUGCCCGAGCCAUGUUUAGAUGUUAGGCAGACUAAAAGGACGGUAAAAACAAAUAUUCAUGUUCAACAUGUGGAUGCCAAAGAAGGCCAGUCAGACUUAAUAAUUAGAUUUGAUUCUGCUAAGGCUGCUGAAGAGUAUUGCGCGAACGCAGGCGGCCGAGCUCGCGUCCUCCAUGGCGACGAAGAAACGCAGCAGUGGGCGCGCGCAGAAACCGCGCGGUCGAACCGCCGCCCGCGCGGCCGCGACCGUUGGUUAGCGCGCGCCGCACCCGCCCCGCCCGCCGCCUGCGGACCGCUGCGGGCGCCCGCCUCGCCGCAGCCUACGCACACGCAUCUACGCUUCGACGACGAAUAGCCACGCAAGAUCAAACGCCGGAAUUGUAAAACUAAGAUUAAGUAAUUAAAGAGAAUUUGAAAUUAAUGUGUCUAUUAUUCACUCGCAUUCGUAUUUUUAAAAUCUGGCGCCCCGGGCC